CUCUCUUCACUGUUGAGGGUUCAGCACUUGCUCGUCAUUCUCGAGUUUUCUUCAUUCUCUGAGCAUUUCACCGACAUUUGAGCUGUUUAGCAAGUGAAGAACAGGCCUCUAUACUCUAAAACAGACAUGGCAAGUGUGUUCACAAAUCCAACCUCAACUUAUUUUCCCGUGAAUAGAAAGACAGGUAACUGUGGCAUCAAAAGAUGUCACAUAAAAGCCACCUUGAGAGUGGAGAAGCCAUUGGAGGAACUGUACAAAGUGAGGGUGGAAAGGAACGUGUCUGCUGAGAGACUUGCAGAGCUUGGAGUAUCCAGAUGGUCAGUGUGGAAGACAGGCAAGUGUCGGUUGCCAUGGGACUGGCAGGUGGACCAAUUGGUGUACAUAGAAGAAGGGGAAGUUAGGGUUGUGCCUGAAGGGAGCAAGAAGUUUAUGCAGUUUAAGGCAGGUGACCUUGUUAGGUACCCCAAAUGGUUUGAGGCCGACCUCUGGUUCAAUGGUCCAUACCAAGAACGCUAUAGUUUUCGAGCUUAUGGUGAUGAUUUUUGAAUUUUUUUUAAUGAAACCUGAAAAAUGGAAAGGCCCUCAAAUAUUUGUAGUCUAUUAUAACAUUGACUGUGCAAUAUGAAAUUUUCUAUUCAUAAACCUAGUGGAACUUUGAUUGCGGCAAGAA